UGCAAGAAGCGUUUGAGUAAGGCUCUAUGGAGAUGUGUGAGCGGAAUCCUUUAAAUCCUGGCUAUGUUGGUUCUCUGCUGAAUUUUACUCCUCCUGAGUCGCUGUAUUUCUCCAACUUGCGCGGUAAUGGAGCCCACAUACCCGGGCUGCAGAUCCCUUACAAUAGGAGAGAGGUGUGCACGCUCCCGUGGAUUUCCUCAAGUUCGUGCACGUCUGGACCAGCAGCACCGCCACCGAGCCGCGCCUUUGGAGGCUACUGUCCUCCGUUUCUGUCCAACUCGUUGUCUUUAAAUACGAACUCGUCCAGCGGCCACAUCAAGGCGCAUCUGGAGGAGACGGUUCGGGGCUUUCAGGUCACAAACCACAAGACAGAGGAGUCUGGGAGGCGAGAGGAGGCUUAUGUGGGGGAUCAUGUUGGCAGUGACCGCGGGUUCUCAGAGCUGGACCGCCGGUCUCACGGUUCUGCGGCCCAGCUCGAUCCGGAUUCAGCAGGUCCACUUAAUGUGAACAGCACCAAACAGGAGCAGGAUCCCAUUCAACCAUCAUCCAGUCACACAUGCUCCAGGACGUCUUUUGCAGAAGGUGCCCCAUGGUGCUCGUCACAAGUGAAAAUCAGAAAGAAGAGAAAGCCAUACACCAAGCUGCAGCUGGCUGAACUUGAGAAUGAAUUUAUGAUGAAUGAAUUCAUCAACAGGCAGAAACGGAAGGACUUGUCAGAAAGACUGGACCUCAGCGACCAACAGGUGAAAAUAUGGUUUCAGAACAGGAGGAUGAAGAAGAAGAGAUUGAUAAUGCGCGAACAUUCUUUCUCCGCAUACUGACGACCUUUGGACUUGAUCAUGACCAGCAGCGCACCGAAUAUGUUGUACUAUAAUGCAGCAAAACAAAAGCACACACACACUUCGGUUUGUGGCAUGGACUUGUAUUUAUAGAUGUAUAAAAAAAUGAUUAUAUUCCUGCCACAUACGAGGCUGUAGUUUUAUCCAAUAAAAAUGCAACAAUAUGAAUAGAACUGAAAAUACAUUGCAGAUUCAAAUAUUAUCCGUUUGACUUAAGUGUGCAUUUUAGAUACUGAGAUUCUCCAAAUGCGCACAGGCCCUGUUGGCCUGCAGCCGCAGAUGAUAAAACAGCUUAACACCCUAUUGUUUGUAACUUAAAAGUAAAAACUGUUUAAACAGGAAUAUGUUUGUAUAUUUGUGUGUGUAUUUUGUUUUAUGGCUUGCAUGGUGUAGGCCCAAUGUGGAAGCAGACAGUCAAGUUCAUGUUUACGGACGGAAUGAACAUUAAUCAUAUGGUAUUGCGAAAUAUAUUAAUUUUGCAUGUCUAUUUCCUUAUUGCUGUUAUUGAAUGACAUGCCUGUUUUUUUCCUCAAUUUGUUGUAAAUCUAAUUAAAUAAUCAAACUAACAUUAUUUCUGCUCUUUUGGGCCACGUCCACACCCAAAAUCUGUGGAGGACAAGAAUUGUUCCGCAUUUGGUUCCAGUAUGUGUUUACUUCAAAAGCCUGAAAAAGAAAUGUUUGUGGAUACGAUUAUUUUUAUGCUUUUGAUUUUUAACUAUAUAACUGUUAAAGUGAUUUCUGUUCUCGUCACACCUGUUUUUGUAUCACUAAGGGAUAUUAUACUGGACAAUAGAUCUAAAUCAGUAUUAUUAUUUUUUGAAUACCUAAGCAAUUAAAUAAUAUUUCUUUAAAUAUUAUCUAUAAUUUCGGAUUGAACAUAUUGAAAACUAUCUCUGAAAUAAUGUUUUUGAAGGAAUACGCAUUGCACCAGCCAUCUUUUACGCACGGAUACGUGAUCUGCA